AGCAGGAAUGGUAGGGCAGUUGGAUAUAUUCCUGAACAAGCCAGGCCACGGCAAUGAUGCGCUUCUAUCUCUCAAGAUGGUGGGGAACGACACCUCGUCAAUCAAAGCCAGCGUCCCGUUACCACCACAUUCUUCAUCGCCAUCCUACACGUAUCCCAUCCGCAUCAAGAUUAUCCAGGUACUCGCACCAUUUUCACUCUUGAUCGCCGCCGUCUUCGAAUCCGUCGGGGAAAUUGUUGGCGGUCUUGUGACCUGGAUAUUCGCGGCUAUCUGCUUUGGACUCGUGGUGUCAGUUGUAGUGGCGGGAGCGGGCAAAUACUGCUUCGGGAAGCGUCCCGAUGAGCUCGCUGAUAUGGUCAAGGAUGAGCUGCAGAAGCUGAGAGAUUCCGAGAUGAUGAGAAAGUGGAAAGGGACUGAUAGUGGCGAAGUGGCGUCAGCGGAUAACUCGCAGGAGCAAAAGACGUCUUUGAUUGAACCAGAUGUCAAGGUCUAACUUCAACAACCAUCUUACAUGAACACUUCCAAGCACAGCCACAGUUUUGUCAAAGGUUGCCCAUCCCCUAUUAUCCUUUGGUAGGUAUUUAGCACAUACAUGAGACACCUAUCUCCCUUAAACAGUAGGUACCAUGCAGUGACAUCUCCAAGUCGUAAGAAAAACUAUAGGGGCGAUAGAAGUUGACUUCCAGUCUUGAAUUCAGAUACAUCACCGUUAAUGAUCGUUAGAAGCAUCACAAAUGAAUCAGGGAGUCAAAUAGA